CCGCGCCCCCGAGAAAGCGCGAGUGACGUCACUACAUCCGUCCGCAGAGCGAGUGAUUCAAACGCGCGUGCGGAGCGUCUUUCUGCAGCAGCGACCGAAGGUCAGAGAGACGGACAGCACACUGAUAACCGGACCUGAAGGUUCGUUCCACCCAGAGCUGCUAUAUCUGCUCACUGUCUGCCCACCAGAGACUAAAAACAGAAUCCGCAGUGUGUCAUUUCUUCAGGGUUACAGAAAGAACCACUUGUUUCCAAACAGGUUUCCUGAACACAGGCUCUCGCCUCUCAUUGUGAUAUCCAGUGAUGCCUCUCCCUGUCGGACCCGCAGCCGUUACGCCUCCAGACGGUGGGUGGGGCUGGGCUGUGGUGAGCGGGGCUUUCAUCUCCAUCGGAUUCUCGUACGCCUUCCCAAAAGCCACCACUGUGUUCUUCAAAGACAUCCAGAGGAUCUUCGAUGCCUCGUAUAGUCAGGUGGCCUGGAUCUCCUCCAUCAUGUUAGCCGUCAUGUACGCUGGAGGUCCCAUCAGCAGUAUUCUGGUGAACGCGUACGGCUGCCGUCCCAUCAUGAUCUUGGGCGGGUUUCUGUGUGCCGUCGGGAUGAUCAGCGCCUCCUUCUGCAACAACGUCAUGCAGCUCUACAUCUGCAUCGGCGUCAUCGGGGGCUUAGGUUUGGCCUUCAACCUCCAGCCGGCACUUACGAUGAUCGGGAAAUACUUCUACAAGAAGCGUCCCAUCGCAAAUGGCUUCGCCAUGGCCGGCAGUCCUGUGUUCCUCAGCACGCUGGCGCCGCUCAACCAGUAUCUCAUCAAUGAAUACGGAUGGAGGGGAAGCUUCCUCAUUCUUGGUGGGCUUCUGCUCAACUGCUGUGUGGCGGGGUCGCUUAUGAGGCCCCUGGUGGCCCCGCCAAACCAGAGCAAGCCGAUCGAGGAGAAACCAGCCGUGUCCAAGACGGAGAAGGCCACAGCCUGGCAGACGGUCAACAGGUACCUGGACCUGACGCUCUUCAAGCACCGCGGCUUCCUCAUCUACCUGUCGGGAAACGUCAUCAUGUUCCUGGGCUUCUUCGCGCCGAUUGUCUUCCUCUCGCCCUUUGCCAAAGACAACGGCGUGGACGAGUACCAAGCAGCCUUUCUCCUCUCCAUCCUGGCCUUCGUGGACAUGUUCGCCCGGCCGUCCAUGGGCCUGCUGGCCAACUCUCGCUGGGUCCGGCCCAGGAUCCAGUACUUCUUCAGUUUCGCCGUGCUGUAUAACGGCGUGUGUCACCUACUAUGCCCGCUGGUCGAGAGCUAUACCGGUAUGGUGGUGUACGCCAUCUUCUUCGGCUUCGCCUUCGGCAUGGUGAGCGCGGUUCUGUUUGAGACGCUGAUGGACCUGGUGGGCGCUCAGAGGUUCUCCAGCGCCGUGGGUCUCACCACCAUUGUGGAGUGCUGUCCAGUGCUCAUCGGACCGCCGCUGGCAGGGAAAUUAGUGGACAUCACAAAAAACUACAAGUACAUGUACCUGUGCUGCGGAACGGUGGUCGUCUUCGCCAGCAUCUGGCUCUUCAUCGGGAACUUCAUCAACUACCGGCUGCUGGACCAGGAGCGCAAGCGCGAGGAGAUGUACAAACAGGCCGAGCAGGAGGAGCCGGUGCAGACGGAGACCAACGCAGACGCAGACGAUCAAGUGGCGCAGCAGCUCUGUGAGAAUAAAGACGGCGUCAUGCAGUGCGAAACAAACAUCUGAACGUCUAUGCAAACACUGGACUUGUGAAGACACUGCCAAAGUCAAUCAGCAUGACGAGGCUUCAUUACACAGAUCACAGACGGGGAAAUCAGCACCUGUCCUUCAACUAAACGCGCACUUUGAUAUAGACAGGCUUUGUGUCACUCAUUUCUCGUGGCUCAGGUUCAGCAAACGUCCGCAUUAGAACAGCAGACGGCUCUGUGUUCAAUGCGCUGCUCAUUUGAGUCUGUUUUAUACGUUCACACACACAGGUAUUGGUGUUUAAAGCGGCUGCAAUCCGAUCUGAAGUUACUGAAUGUAAAUCUGUGUGUGUUUCUGAUGCUUUAGAGCCUUAUGAAUCCGUUCCUGACCAAAAUUACUUCUGAGGAUUAUUACUGAUCAUUAUUACCAAAUCUAGAAGCUUGAAGCAAUAUGAUUUACACCAGAAGUCCUCAGGGGAAAUGCUAGUUUCGUUCUGUUUUGGGGUUAUUUUUUACACAGCAAACAUACAGACGGUUUAAUGUGAUUAAAGAGUGGCAUCAUAAACACUCUUUAACCAAUGAUGUAUUGCCUUAAAUAUAAAGUAAGCAUCUAUUAUUCUACUAUGAACUGUGUAUAUGUUAUAUUUAAUGAAUUUGCUUAUGUACUAGGCAAGAUGCUUAUAUAAUAUACUGUAUGAAAUGAAUCUUAAAUUCUGUUUUGUUUCAUAUCUCGUAGUGCUGACUUUCUUUAAUGCCCAUGUUGAGAAUGUCCUGUCAACUCACAAAUUUCAUGUUUCACAUCUAUUUCAAGACACAAGCUUUUGUUGUCAUACGUCCACGAGCACCAGAGGUAUUAAUAAUUAUCAUUAAAUUAUUACCUUUAAUGUAGUACUACGUAUGCAUUAUAAUGCCAGAAGAUGAUGAUGUUGUGCUAUUUAUAGUAUGUAAAUAACUAACAACACUAAUCACAUUUAUUUAAUGAUGUGGUUAUGUUCAUCAUUUUGUUUUGUAUCAUAUUUUCUCUUUUUUUAAUCAUUUGUUGUCAUGUUUGUCAGGAAACACAAACAGACCAAAUGCACCAAACUGCCACUGAAACAUUCACAUGCAUUAUUAUUUUGUAUUUUAUUAUUAACUUAAUGCUUUUUUUUUUUUUUGGUAAUUGUUAAAGUUAGCCAAUAAAUGUAAUCAGAUUAACUGGAUCUUUAACCUCAUGGUAUGUUGUGACUGUAUUCACUUCAUUUGUUCAUAAUUCUGGAUACUGACAUUUGAAAUUAAACCACAACAUUUGGAAGAUGCUUUGAGAUCUGUAACUUCACCGUUCAGCAAAUCAAAUGUUUUGUAUUUUGAGGGGAUUUCAUGGUACUAGACAAUAAUCAAUGCAUUACAAAUGUACUUAAAUCUUAACGCAAUAUUUUUUCCUUACCUUUUUCAAUAUUCUCAGCACUGAGUGUUUGUGAAUAUCAGCAAAGCUUCGAUUCAGUGCUUCAUCAGACGAUUCAGUUCAGCAGAUCCUCGACUGUGAGCGUCAUAUUGCUGUUACACGACAGCUCAAUAAACAAGUGUGACUUACAGAUA